AUUUUUCUGUCGGCCUAAGCCCAAUCCAAUGGAUCCAACUAACUUUCUCCGCUAAAUUGGAUGAAAUUGGCUUUUGUUCUGUCGUCCACCUCCACCGUCUUCCACCAUUGACCGCCCUCUCUCGGCGUCCUCCUCCACCACUACCCACCGCGUCUCUCUCAAGGGAGCAUCCUCCUUUAAACCUCAACUCCGUUCAGCUCUGUCCGGCGCCAGAACGGAGGUGAUUUAAUUGAAGUUGGAUUAAUUGCUACGCAAGGUAAAAAAUAAAUGGGAAUGUCGUCUGCGAGCACUGCUGGUGAUACAUUGAAAUUAUGCGUCUUUGACUUAAGAAGGGGACAAACUGAAGGGCAGGAACUUGAUAAGAUCUUGUUUUUCUAUCCUGCUGAUUUGGCCUUUUCGACUCAACUUUCUGUCAUAGGCCUCAGUGAAGGACUGAUCACAUUCACAAGGAUAUUCUCUCCGGAGGCUGCUUGUGAGGUCAUUGAAGCAGAGAUGCACUCUCAUGUUUUUUAUGAGGCUGAACCAGAUAUCUGGAUGGUUAUGGUAGUGGAGAAAAGUAAAGAAUUAGAAGCUAUAUGGCGAAUUGAUGCAUUACGAGCAGUCCUUAAGGAAGUGCACUCUCUUUUUGUGAUGUUUCACGGAUCUAUAAGAGCCCUGCUUGAUAAAGAACCUGCUGGGGGACUUAUUCGAACUCAUCUGUAUUACUUCAUCAUGGACUAUUUGAGUGAUUUUCUUGCUGUAAAGAAACUUCAGUUGCCGAACUUCCGUGAAUCUCUAGCAGAGCGUGGAACUGUACAGAUGUUGACCGUAGGACGAGAGGCUGCACUCGAAGUUCAGUCACUUGUCAAGGCAUUAGAAUCAAGUGCAGGAAGUAUGCAGUGUCACUCAUUGAUCAUGUACCAGGACUUGUUAGUAUCCUCUACUCUUUCUCCGGAUGACACUGUAAAUCUAUUUACAUAUGCUGUCCUAAGGCUCUCGCCACGUGCUUUAUCUUCUGGAGUAAGUUCCUGGUCCUAUCUGAGAAAAGGAAAUAUUGCUCCUGGUGUUUCUUCUGGGCCCAUGUUAUCAAACUCUGGUUCUGCACUGGAUCAUUCUAAUGUUUCAUCUGAAACUUCACAUGUGGGGAAUCGCCAGUAUAAUGCACUGAGGCCCUUAAAGCAUGAUAAGUGGUCCAGGGGCAAGGAUGGUUUUCUUGUUGCUGAUGUUUGGGGUGCUGAAGUUGAUAGCUCUGCUUGUAGCAGCCCAACCAUAUGGCUUCAUCAAACAACGGAGAGGAUGUAUCUCUGUGCUUACCAGUAUAGGAGCCUCACCUUAAUAUUUCUCAUUCCUGUCACGUCUAUAGUUAGCGAGGAGCUAGGAAUAUCUUUGAUGAAGCAGCAAAUCAUUGAGAAUGCGUCACUUAAGAUCAUCAAAGUUGAAGAGAAAUUAUCAAGAGGAUGGGGUGGCGAGAAUGCGUACCAUGUGAGUGGGUACCGAUACUUGCUAGUUGAUGGUAACAGAUGCAUAUCCAGAGCUACUCCACCUGGAAAAGUAACAACCCUGGCAAAGGAAUCAUUAGUUGCUUUGAGUAAGGUUCGAGAAGAGGUUGACUUAGAAAAGAGCAGGUUGAAAUGCGAUGGUGCAGGUCGUGAGAAAGAUAUGGAAGUAUGCAUCAGGGCAAAAAAUAAUGCCUGGGUGAUUGCUAAACUUACAAGAGGGAAGGAGCUUUAUAUGGUCCUUGAAAAAGUCAGUGAGACAAUUCUGUGUGCCACAGAUGCUGUUGAGAAGUUCAGUGACAGCAGGUACUGCAAUGGAGUUUUUUCUUUGGAUUAGGGCGAUGCAUUUGCUAGACCAAGAUCAUACUUUUGUCCAAAGGUUCGCCCAGCUCUAUUUCUGUUGUAUCAGAAGAUUUCUUCUGCAGUAGACUUUUGUAGAAAGGCUUAUAGAUAUAUGUAUUAGUUUUGUCAUUCAUGUGGUUAUAUGUACAUAGUGUUUUCCUCUUUUGCCUGAUGGCUGCAGUUCUGCGUAUUCCCGCAGCAGCUAUGUUCCAUUGUCUACAGAUCAUUUUUUGGUUAUUAGAUGUAAAAGGACUUUGAAUUGCUGUAUGAUGCUAUUUUCUGCAAAGGAAAAACGUGUUAUUUGAUUUCACCAUCCAAA